AUGGGAGCCCAAGGAAGACGCUUGUUGUCCACGACGCUGGUUUCAUAUCAUGACUUUGUUUGGAGGGAUGGUUCCAUUUCGGAAGAGUGUGAUUCGCCCGGUUGUAUACAAUGCCCCCCUGAAUACCACUAUUGUCGAACAAGAGAGAAUCUUAAAGACGGUGAUUGCUUUUCGACGGCCGAUUUUUGCAACGGAAAGACGACUUGUGCUAGUGGAAGAGACGAGCAUGAUUCCCUGUGUACUAAAGUAGACGAUGGCACAGCACCAUCUAGCGGAUCCCUAGGAGUGAGGUCGAGUGGGUUACUGUACUACAAGUUUCGAGGCGUCUGGAGACUCGUUUGCGAUUCUCCGAGCCUGAAGAAAGAUACUUGGGCUGACAGGGUUUGCGUCGCUACAGUUGGAUCUCAAAGAGGCACGGCGAAAUGGAGUAUCAUGCCGGUGGUCCGGAGUGUCAGCGGACUGUACGCAAUUUUCGAUGGAUCUGGAUGGAAAACGGAUGCGAACUGCAAGACAAACGUCAUCAAUAUCAUAUGUUCUUUAAAUUCCUGUGGUUUCAUUCAGAAUCCGUUGACCCAAAGGUUUCGACGUGCCGCUACAACUGGCGCCCAAACCUCGAAGGCUUUGGAUUCCAUUUGCUUAAUUGACCCCAUGUCUCCUCCAAAAAAUGGAUGCAGUAAAACUGAACAUCUCUCCUCGGCAAGAUCGUCGACAAUUAUCGAGAAGGGUGUCGAAAAUAAUGAUGCACGGAUUGUUGGCGGACAUGCGGCCUCUGAGCGAUCGAUGAAUUGGAUAGUCUCCUUGACUCACAAUGGAAUUGUCUUUUGUUCCGGCACGCUUCUCAAUCUCAAUUGGAUCGUCACGGCAGCGCAUUGCUUUUGCGUGUGGGCAAAUUCCAGAACGAAGAUCGAUUAUAAAACCGUCUUUUACCAAGCUUGCGGUGGAAUGACGCGCUUAACGUCGGCAAAUCCGGACAUGCAGUGUCGGGAUGUGAGCAUAAUUGUUGUCCACGAACUAUACCUAGGGAUGAAACAGGCGGUCCAAAAAACCCUUAUUCUCUUCGAGCUUUCCAUGGACGUGCGAAGCUUGGGCACUCGAUGCAAUGACGAGUGUGCUUGUGUCCCCCUGUUCCGAACCCUUCAAUGCCUCAGAUCCCAGAUGAAACAGGCGGUCCAACCCUUUCACAAUGAUAUUGCAUUGGCGAAAGUGUCGAAGCCGUUUUACUUCAAUCUGGCAGUCAAUCGUUUGUGCCUUCCGGAACGCGGGGUCCCUAUUCCUGACGGGUUGGAAUGUAUAGUAGCUGGAUGGGGAGCUCUCAGUUUUGGCAACCAAGAGAAGCCCGAUCAUUUACAAGAAGUGACUGUUCCUUUGAUGGCAAACUGUGCGGAAUAUAUGCCGGAUGUUCAGAAAAACAUAGACAAACAUUUCUGUGCCGGCUACAGAGAAGGCGGAAAAGAUUCAUGCACUGGAGACUCGGGUGGCCCUCUAGUUUGUCCGCACCACAGUGGUUACGUUCUUUUCGGAAUUACUAGCUAUGGCAAAUCUUGUGCUGGUCCAAAGUCGCCGGGCGUUUACACUAGGGUGUCCAACUAUGUGGAUUGGAUUAUGGGUGUGAUUGUGGCUGACGGUAAAGGGAAAUACGAGAAUUCAAAUUACUACUCAUCGAAGCAAUGCAAAGGAUUAAGAUGCUCAACCGGACGCUGCAUCAAAACGAAGGACAUCUGCGACGGCCAGUACCAAUGCCCUGCUGAUGGAGAAGAUGAAAAUCAGAUGUGCGACACGCGGACUUCUCUAAACGAUAAGACGGAUGCUGACGAUCAAAUUUUUGGGUCCAGUCACGACGCGAAAUCUUCUCUAGGUUCCCGAUGCUCACCUGGAUUCCGUCCAUGCGACUCCGUUGACGGUGGGUGUGUGUCAGAAUUACAGCUCUGUGACAGGAAAAUGGACUGCUCGGAUAAAUCCGACGAGUCUCGUUGCACUUACUCCGAUUACAUGACCAAGUCGACGGAUUUUCAAAAAUAUGUUUGUGACGGCAUUCAAGAUACCCCGGACGUUGUCAAUUCUCCUGGAAUUCCUGUAAGAGUUGAUGCUUUCGGGAAUCCUUUAAGAGAGCGUUACGGAAUCGUUCUUGAAAACGUUUAUCCGUAUUCUAACAAGGAUUGGUUUCCGAAGUGCUUCGCAAAGGUUUCGCAGGAAGUCGCGGACUUAUUGUGCAAGGAAAUGGGUUACUAUUCUGCGGAAGGGUUUGAACCAGUUGCCGGUAUUAACGGGGACACUUGCAAUCCGGGAUUUUCGUUCCUAAAUCUCGGGUGUUCGUCUCUUUCAUGCGGCAUUCGGGAAAUUCAUGCUGUCGAUUCUCCACUUCCGGGGUCAUGCCCAUGGUCUGGAAAUCUGUUCCUGGAUGGACAGUUCGCGGGUUCAGUUGGAUUGAUCGCACCUGCGGUUGCAGUGGCACAUGUUCAUGCAAUCGCAUCCGUGGACUGGUCAAAUAUUUCUGCUGUUGUGUAUGUCGGAAUGACAGAGGAUACGUUGUUUCUUCCGAAACAUGCGACAACUUUGAAGGUUAAGGCUGUCAGGUCUGCAAACAAGUUGACAUACUUGGAACUGGAAAGCGAGGUUUCAUCCUUGCACACAACUCGGCCUGCUUGUCUUCCUCCAAAACCCUUAUUCUCUUCGAGCUUUCCAUGGACGUGCGAAGCUUGGGCACUCGAUGCAAUGACGAGUGUGCUUGUGUCCCCCUGUUCCGAACCCUUCAAUGCCUCAGAUCCCCACUUAUGCGGACAACUGACAGGAGUGGAGCCGCCCAAUUGUCUCCACUUUCUCACUGGAACAGUUUACUGCCCUUUCGAAAAUCGCUGGUAUGCGAUCGGCGUGUUUAAAAGGGACUACUGUGACAUGCAAAAGGUCUUCGAUCUAGAACUGAUCACGCCACAGAACAUGGGAGCAGAAAAAGUGGUAGUGAAAACACCCGAGUGUGAAAACGGCGGACGCAGAAAUCGAUUGGGAAAAUGCAUAAAAGCGGACCUUCUUUGCGAUGGAAAACCCGACAGCAAUGAUGGGAUUGAUGAAAUUGAUUGCGCUGCAAAAGCUCGGACUGAUUUCAGCUUGCUCGACUCCGAAGGCUGCGAACCUGGACUAAUUCAGUGUUCUGAUGGCUCAUGCGUCAGAAACAUUAGGGGAUGCCCUGGGAUUGUUGAAUGCAAGUACAGUAAAAAUGAUACAGAAUGCGUGAUUAUCUGUGGCUCCGGGGAAUAUUUCAAGGACCCAACAAAACUUUGCGACGGAAAAAUCGAUUGUAUUGAUGGGAGUGACGAAAUCAUUCCGAAAUGCGGAUGUGGAGAAAAUCAAUUCCGCUGCAUUGGGAAUGUCAACGGAGAGCCGCAGUGUAUUAAUAUGACGAAUUUUUGCGACGCCGAUGUGAAUUGCAAAGAUGCUUCUGAUGAGCUACAUUGCAUGGCUCUUUCGCUGGAUGGGAUAGUACGCACAAAUUCUAUGGAGUACGUGUGA